UGGGGUUGGAGAGGACGGCCGGCGGGGAAGGUUGGAAGAAGUGUCUAACAGCUUGCAAUAGCUCAGACAGCGGGACAGCGCCGAGUCGCAAGCCAGUCACCGCCCCACCGCCCACUGCCCGCCGCCCCGCCGCCCAGCGGUUCUGCGCUUUUCCCUUGGAGUGGGAGGAGAGCAGGGCCCCGCGGCCGCAGCCUUCGAACUUUUCCAUCGCCCCUCUCCUCUCCCUCACGGCCCGGCCCGGUGGGACAACGAGAAGGAUCUCGGGCAGAAGCUCCCCGGGGGUCUGUCUGGGAUCCCCAAAGGCACAGGCACGCGCAGGGCUGCACGCCCGAGCCCCCGCCUAGCACCGCCUAGUUGGCACCACCUUCCUGCCCACGGCCCCUUCCGGCCGGCGGGCAGGGAGACUGCCCCGCCCAGCUCCGGGCUCCCGGCGCCCCUUCGGCGGCAAUCACGGUACAAAGGAACGGUGGCGGUUGGGUUGCGGAGGGGGCGGGCAGCUGAGCCCGAACUGGCUGCUGCUCCAGAGGCCAGGCCAAUAGGGAGCUCCGCCCCCCCCACCCCCCCCGCGGUGGGGGUACUCUCGGCCUCAGCUGCCAGCUGCACCCGGCACAGAGGAGUUCUCCGAGGGAGCGCACGGCCGCACUGCCGUCCGCUGCGCUCGCUCUGUGCUCCAGCCCGCUUCGGACCCCAGACAAGGUCUCCAGUCGGCCCCGAUCUGCCGGGCCAUGACCGCCUGGGGCCCGGGCCUCGCCCUGGCUGCCCUCAGCCUGAUCUGCCUCCUGGCCCGAUGGCUGGGGCUGUUCCCGAGCAGAGCCAGAGAGGCUCCGGGGCACAGCCGGGAGGAGGCCGCUGGACAAGAGGCGGAGGAGGACGAGGAUGAGGAAGAGCUCGAGGAAGAGGAGGAGGAGGAGGAGGAGGAGGAGGAGGAGGAGGAGGAGGAGGAGGAGGAGGAGGAGGAGGAAGAAGAGAAGGAGGAGGAGGAAGAGAAGCCAGCCAGCUGGGACGGCUUCAGUAAGGGCCAGGAACUGGUGCCCGGGGGCUGCCGGCUCAUCUGUAAGCGCUCAGCCCUGGCACACUGCGUCCUGCGCACCUUCCGCAAGUCGGUGGCCCUGAGUGAGCCUGCCCCCACGUCGUGGUUCUCAGGGCCGCAUCUGCAGACCUUGUACCAGUUCAUGCUGCCGCCAGGCCCGGGCCUCCAGCUGGCACGGGAGAACCUGCAGCUGGCAGACAACGGGCUGGUGGCCCUGGACUGGGUGGUGGGGCCUUGGGUCCCCAGCCCCCAGGGAGUGCCCGGCCUCUACAGCUCCCCGCCGGUCCUGCUGGUCAUCCCCAAUUCCUGGGGCUGCCUCACCCGCAACGUGGUGCAGCUUUGCCUCUUGGCCCUGGAGAAGGGCUACUACCCGGUCAUCUUCCACCGGAGGGGCCACCAGGGCUGCCCGCUGCUCAACACCCAGCUGCAGACUUUCGGGGACCCCUCGGAUCUCAAGGAGGCCGUGACCUACAUCCGCUUCCGACAGCCGGCUGCACCCCUGUUCCUGGUCAGUGAGGGCUCGGGUUCCGCCCUGCUGCUGUCCUACCUGGGCGAGUGUGGCUCCUCGAGCUACGCCACUGGGGCCGCUUGUAUUUCGCCAGUGCUCCGGUGCCGCGAGUGGUUUGAGGCUGGGCUGCCCUGGCUCUACGAAAGGGCCUUCUUGCUGCACCAGAAAAUCACCCUGAGCAGAUAUGCUACAGCCCUAGAAGAUAUAGUGGACACAGAUAAACUCUUCAUGAGCCGUUCCCUGCGUGAAUUUGAGGAGGCUCUUUUUUGUGGGACCAAGAACCUCCCCAUCAGCUGGGACACUUACUGGGAUGACAAUGAUCCCCUCCGGGAUGUCGAUGAAGCUGCCGUGCCCGUGCUGUGCAUUUGCAGUGCUGAUGACCCAGUGCGGGGUCCUCCAGGCCAAACCUUGCCCACCAAACUCUUCCAGAACAACCCCUACUUCUUUCUUCUGCUCAGCCGCUAUGGGGGCCACUGUGGCUUUCUCCGGGAAGAUUCUUCCCCAGCCUGGAGCCACGAAGCUACCCUGGAAUAUUUCCAGGCUCUGACUGAAUUCUUUCGUUCAGAAGAGAGGGUGAAGGGUCUGUCUCGCCACCGCUCCUCAUUCUUGGCAGGCCGCCGGCGCCGAUUCACUCUACAAAAGCGAGAGGUGGCUCCCACCUCCCCUCGGCUCGAGGAGAUGUUUAGCUGGAAGCGGUCAUAUACCAAGUGAGGUCCAUGGAGACAACUCCCUAUCAUUGUGCCCCUGUCUCUGCUGCUUGGUGGGAAAAGCUGGCUCCUCCAUUAAUCAGUUCUGGUCUCAUACAGAAGAAUCAUGCCAGCAUGGAAAGGAACCAUUGACACGGGCGGUCACCAUCCCUCUGGUUAGCUUCUCCCUUGCAUCCCUCCACUGCUUCCUGCUAGUGAGGAUGGACCCUACACUAGGCUGUAGGAUCUUGGUCUUAGAUUCAAAGUGAUGGUGGUCCCUAAUUGGGUCACUCCAAUUCAUCCCAUUCUCCCCAACCUGUCUAUUCUGGCCACCAUCUUUUCCCAUCAUCACGGAUCUCACAAAUCAGAGGGCAUUUAUCUAUCUAUCAGUGGGGAAGUGAUAGGAAAACGCUCAAGCAUCAGCAAAAACAGCACUUUUCCUAGAAGUAGCAGUAAAGACACGUCUGUGUCGUGUUCUAUGACUGAUCUUGAGGCUGUCCUAGCUCUUUAGCCAGCGAGUAGAGAGAACCACAGGGCAAACGCAAACAUCCUGUGUUUAGUAAGUCCCACCCUUCCUCAUUCUGCCUAGAAAGUUCUGUUCUGAACACGGCAGCUGUUUCAGGCUGGCGUACAGGGCAAGCCCUUUGUUUGGAUCAGUUAUUGCCCCAGUAUCCGAGAAAGCUGGAGUCCCCUCCAAUGGAAACGGGCUCUCUGGGCAGUCAGUAAUUCUGGCCUGUAUCCCACCUCCUCUAAGUCUUGAGCCUGAUGGAGAGGGGAAGUCAAAAGGAAGAUCAUGGACAAGAGUCUUUUCCUUCACUCUGUUCUGGUCUCCAAUUUCAGACUUUUCCCUGCCAUUUCUCUUCCUGGAAAAUUGUCCAAGAGUCUGACAAGGAUGAGAAACAGAGGGUAGAGAAUAUUGAUGACUGCCUCAGUAGCAUAAAAAUACACCUUUGAGCUUUGAGCUGGGGAGGAGGGAGGAACUGGGAGAAACCCAGAAAGGCUGGUUUGGUACCAUUAACCAAAGACCCAAUGGCCAAGACUUGCUCUGAGCAGGUCCCUGGUCUGGUGCCAAGGCUCAGGGACCUUCAUGACCAAGGACUCAGGGCAUAGCUGGAAUUUAAAAAAAAACAUUACUGUGUUAUUGGUUCCAAGGCAGAACAGUAAGGGCUAGGCAGUGAGGGUUAAAGGACUUGCCCAGGGUCACACAUACUAUGGAUGGAAAGGCUAGAAAUCCUGAAGGGGUUACUGUCUACUCAGAAUUAGUUAAUACCUGAUUUUAUUCUUUUUUUCUGCCCAGUUAUUAGAAAGUCCAUUCACAAUGAAUGUUGGACUUUGGGGAGUUCUCUCUGCUUCCUCUGAUUUAGAAUUGCUCGUUCCCUGAAGGGAUGGUCAGUUCUGUGGGGGGAGGCAGAAUGCAGAUGUGAGGACAUCCUUGACUAUGACUAGGAACACAGCCCACAAAGUAUAGCAAAGUAAAGGCUCAUGACUUUAUUUGGAGCUGCCCAUUGACUGCCCUGAAGCUGCGAUAAAGCCACAUCCUGGUCUAAUCAGCAAUAAAGUUUUUCAAGGGGAAAGUGCUGUGCCCAUGGCAGGUGUUUAAAUACUUCAGUGAAUGAAUGAAUCAGCAUUUCCCCAACAAGACUCUUUUUUUCUCCUUGGCAACCAGUCAUUUAGAGUUGGGUUCAAAGUCAGAAAUAGCCUGGUGGCUGUAGCAGCAGAAAAGCAGAUGCCAAUUUUGUGUUGCAUCUCCAAAGGCCAUACCAUGGAAGUGUAGUCCUUUGGGUCCUUCCAUCAUUUUUGGAAGAGAAGAAUGAGGAAGGGGAGACAAGGAGAGGAGAGGAGAGGACACCAACAUGUGGAGACUAAAAAGGGAAAAGAAGGAAUUAUAAUCAUCUUCAGGUUUCCCAGGUAUUUGCAGUGCCAAGUUAUUAGGACAAAGUCUAAAGGCAGGAUUAGGCAGCCCAGAUGCUGGCUGCUCUCUGAGGUCAGAGUCACAGAGCUAGGAGGUAUUUUCAGACCUACUUACUUCCACCAUCUAUUUUCAGAGGAGAAAGCUAAGGCCCAGAGAAAGGAACUGGGAAAACCCUGUAACUUCCUCAGCCAACUUUCCAACUGUACAACUUAGAGAAGAAGUUGUAUCCUUUCCUAUCUCGGGUUCCCCGAUCCCCUUUAGGAAGACCCCAUGUUUGCCUCCUCCUUAUUUAGACAGAGAGAUCUCUUGACAAGCAGCUAGGAUGGUUCCCACAGUUAGAUAAAGUUUGGGUGACUUUGUCCUCUAAAGAGGUCUUACUUAUUCUACUGUGCCUGAGCUGCCUGGGAACAAGUUGGACAAGCUCGAGGCAGACAAUUUGGAAUAUGUGACCCUUGGGGGAGACUGGAGACUUGUAGACAAAACUGUCACCGACUCAGUUAAUUCUCAAUGCGCCUGGAGCUGAUGGUCUGUAUGACCCAUCCUUUGGCUUCUCACCUGCUUCUAAACAGAAGUGGGAAAGAAACUGAAAAAGUUCAAACCAGCAGAUUGGGGGAAGGAAGUGAUGCUGUAAGCCCAGGAGUGAAGAUAGCCUUUGGGAUUGGAGAACUGGCUGGAUUAAAAAGUGGCCAAUGACCACUGAAGUUCUCUCCACGUACUACCAAGCCAACAACUUCCAUGUUGUUUCCGAAAGCCUAGGAAUAUGUGGCUUUCAAGCUUAUCCUAGAACAUCAAUAAAGAGAGGGCACGGGCUCUCCCCCAACAC